AGAGCAAUCACCAACCUAGAAUUCGCUCCGUUGCGCUUACCCUUUGUUCUGCGUCACACGAUGGGACAUGAGACUCGAGAUGACAGAAAGUGACAAGUCUGUUCUCAGAUCAAGUAGUGCUACUUGAGGGUUGGUAUACUAGACCCUGAAGAUGAAUUGGUCAUUUGCAACUUUUCGUUGUGAGUACAGCUAGACUCAGGAUUUCACCGCCAAGAAGGCAGUAGCCGCUGAACAUGAAGGAAGAGAAGAUGGAGAAUAUCACUGAGCGAACCCGGAACAUAGAUUUCCACCACCCAUAUACCCCUUACGACGUACAGCUGCAGUUUAUGCGUACGGUAUACAAUGUUCUUGAGCGAGGAAAUGGUCAGGUUGGCAUCCUAGAGAGUCCCACUGGCACUGGAAAAUCACUGUCACUUAUCUGUGCAGCUCUGACUUGGCUACGGGGCCACAAGAGGAAAGCCUAUGAAAUCUCCAUCGACACGGCAGCCAAACAGUUUAAGGAUGAGCCGGAAUGGGUGGUCGAGCAGCUACUUAAGAGAAAACGAGCUGAGAUAGCCGACCUCUGGGAAGAGAGGGAGGCAAAUCUGAGAGAUAUUCGAGCGAGAGAGGCUAUGAUGGAGCAGAGAGAGAAAAAGAGACAGAGAUACAUUGAGGCUAACGCCAACAAGGAAGUGGAAGAUUUUGAUGCCAUCGAAGAAGAGUGGUUGUUAGACGAGCAUGACGAAGAGGACGUGCCUAAAUUUAUCAAUACGGGAGAAGAGGAAACUGGUGAGAGCAGGGAGGAGAACCAGGUCAAGAUCUACUACACAUCAAGGACACACUCCCAAUUGACCCAAUUUGUAGCAGAGCUACGCCGGCCGAUGUUUCCAUCGUCAGUUCCCCUCGAGUUUCUAAAGAAUGACGAAGACCAUGCGGCAGAAGCGGUAAAACACGUGCCGCUCUCUUCUCGUCAACGGCUUUGUAUCAACCCCUCCGUUGCGCGUCUCGGGUCACUAUCGGCGAUCAAUGACCGUUGCUCCGAACUUCAACAAUCUAAGACUAAAGACAAGUGUCAAUUCAUCCCAAAGGCAGAUAACCUCGGGGAGACCCAUCAGUUUCGCGACAAUGUGCUCGCUACCAUACCCGAUAUUGAAGACCUCUAUAACUUAGGAAAGAAUUCUCAGGUGUGCCCAUACUACGCUUCGAGGACGGCGAUUCCGGGAGCAGAAGUCAUCACCCUCCCGUAUCCCCUAUUACUCCAGAAAUCCGCUCGAGAUGCACUCGGUAUCAAGCUUGACGGCAACAUCGUCAUUAUCGAUGAAGCUCACAACAUAAUGGACGCUAUCGCCAACGUAUAUGCUUCUGAAAUAGCCUUACGAGACCUAGCUCGUGCAAGGCUUCUGCUUGAAGUGUAUGUGAAGAGGUUUGGUAAGAAGCUCAAGGGUGAAAAUAGAGUCAUGGUGGGCCAGGUGGCUAGAGUGGUCGAAGGUUUGCGUGCAUGGAUGGAGAAUGCUCUUGGCCUUAAGACCAGCCAAGGAAUUGUUGACCCCAACGCACUGCUUAAACAUAAGGGCAUCGACCAGAUCAAUUUAUUUAAGCUCGUUGACUACAUUCAGAGGUCUAAGCUAGCCUACAAAAUUGAAGGCUAUGCAGCGCAUAUCGAAACGCAAGAAGCGACUAACUCUGCCACUCCACUUUCGUCAACACCUGUUUUGCACACGCUUCUAUCUUUCCUCGUGUCACUAAGCAACCUAAGUUCUGAAGGACGUAUAUUCUACGAGAAGGCUGGUGAGAAAGGGCACGAAGACAUUAAACUAUCCUAUCUCUUACUCUCACCAACACAUGCAUUCUCCUCGAUCUCAUCAAAAGCUCGGGCGGUUAUUCUCGCAGGUGGGACGAUGUCACCUUUCGAUGAUUAUACCGCUCACUUGUUUCCAAAUCUGGCUCCAGAGAGGAUCACAACUCUAAGCUGCGGUCAUGUUAUCCCAGCUUCUAAUCUUUGUGUCUGGGCACUUUCAUCUUGCCAUCCAAAAAACAAUGUCAAUAGGAUAGAAUUCGAGUUCAGUUAUCAGAAACGAGGGGAUAAGGCGAUGAUAUGCGAACUUGGACUCGCCAUCCUCAACAUCUGCACGGUUGUUCCCGAUGGUGUCGUCAUCUUCUUCCCGAGCUAUGGGUAUCUCAAUGAGGUAGUAGGUGUUUGGGGCGAGACAGAUGGCAGACAACCUACAUCUAUCUUGAGCAAAUUGCAGAGUAAGAAAUCUGUCUUCAGCGAGUCAAAAGGGGGCUCCAGCGAUGAUCUGCUCGAUCAGUAUAGUAAAGCCAUACUUGAUGAAGACCCCAAAGGAACUGCGGUGAAAGCGGCCACCAAAACCAGCGGGGCCCUUCUUCUUAGUGUCGUUGGCGGCAAGAUGAGCGAAGGCAUCAACUUCUCUGACCGCCUCGGCCGUUGCGUCAUCAUCGUAGGGCUCCCCUAUCCGAACAUCAACUCGCCGGACUGGAAAGCGCGGAUCGAGUACAUUGAAUCGACGACAAUUACGCAACUGACGGAAUGCGGAGCCCCUCGGCCUCGAAGUGAAGCUAUAGCGGCAGCGAAGCAGGCGGCGAGGGAAUUCUAUGAAAAUGCAUGUAUGCGCGCAGUGAACCAGAGUAUUGGGCGCGCCAUCAGGCAUCGUAACGACUACGCCACGAUCGUACUGGUGGACCGACGGUUCGGCACGAAUCGAAUCAGACAGAAGCUGCCUGGAUGGAUCCAAAAGGGGCUCAUCAACGGCAGCGAGGAUGGGGGACUAGGACAAAUGAUGAGCCAUCUCAACGGGUUCUUCAGAGGCAAGCAAUAGAUAAGCCCCAAGAGGCUAAUGAGAACACGACGAAAGGCGAAUUAUAUAUCCCAGAUGAAUGUGCCUGUUCUAGAUAGAUGCCUUCCCAUACCUAUUACUAAAUUGGCAUGGUGGACGCCAUCUACGAUGAACGAUAAAGUGUAAAAGUGAGCUCAGAAACACUUUCUUCCUUCAUCAAUUUUGACAUAAUACGAUGGUGCCGUGGCAAUUUGUAAUCUAGACUUCUAGACUAUUGAAGGCAGCCAUCCUCAUGAAAGAUCA